AUUCUAACAACCCUGGAGAGGCGUUUCGAUCUACAUAGUACCGAACUAGGAGUAAUUGCAAGCAGCUUUGAGAUUGGAAACCUCAUGAUAAUUUUAUUGGUGAGCUACUUUGGUGGCAAAGGACAUCGACCACGCCUGAUAGGGUGUGGUGGGAUCAUAAUGGCCAUUGGUUCUUUGUUUUGUGCACUGCCAGAGUUUCUAAGUCAUCAGUAUCAAUAUAAGCAGGUGGAUACUUCAGUGUUGAAGGACACCUGCAUGGCAAACCUUUCAUUGGAAGAACAACAAUUGGCAAAAGAGAAAAAUCUCAAGACGUGUGCAGAAACAGAAACAACAAACAUGAUGUAUGUGUUGGUUAUUGUGGCUCAGGUUAUCAUUGGGGCUGGUGCAACCCCAAUUCAACCACUCGGUGUCUCCUACAUUGAUGACCAUGUUCGAAAGAGAGAUUCAUCACUUUAUAUAGGUGUCUUGUUCACUACCAUGUUGUUUGGCCCUGCGUUUGGUUUUAUGUUGGGUUCCUUGUUUACAACAAUUUAUGUGGAUGCCAUCUUCAUUGACACAGCAAAAUUGGACAUUACGCCAGAUGAUCCUCGGUGGAUUGGCGCUUGGUGGGCUGGCUUCCUCCUUUGUGCUGGACUGCUGUUCUUCUCAUCUUUGUUUAUGUUUGGCUUUCCUCAAGCCAUGCCAAAGAAACAUCACACAUUGAGCAAGAGCUCCCAGCAGCCUAUGCUCCCUGGUAAAGUGCACAAAGACCAGUCAAAGCUAACUACGGAGGAAAAUAAGAAAGAAUGUAAACCAACCAGUGAAGCCACAUGCACAGCAUAUCUGAGAGCGAUUCCACAAGUAACAAAGCAGCUCUUUAUGAAUCCAGUCUUCACCUGUGUUGUGCUGUCUGCCUGCAUGGAGGUUGCAGCUAUCAGUGGGUUUGCUGCUUUUCUGGGCAAGUAUCUGGAAAGGCAGUUUGGUCUCAGUGCUUCGUACGCCAACCAGUUCAUAGGAGUAACUGCAGUUCCUUGUGUGUGCCUCGGAAUUUUCCUGGGUGGCUUUGUGCUGAAGAAAAUGAGCCUAACUCCACUGGGCGCAAUUAAAAUGACAAUGACUGUAAACAUGCUGUCAACGGCUACAUAUGUUAUGCUAUUGUUCCUGGGCUGUGAAACAGGGCCAGUUGCUGGAGCAACAGUCAGCUAUAUGAAUGGCUCUUUCAACGGGUUCCAAAGGAAUCUUACUGUACCUUGUAAUGAAGGCUGUGGCUGUACAAAAGAGACCUUCAACCCAGUCUGUGGGUCUGAUGGCAUCACCUACCUGUCCCCGUGUUUUGCAGGAUGUACUAACAAGAAUCUUACCAACUGUGCCUGUAUCAACACUGAAUUUGCCCAGAAUGCUACAGCCAUGUCAGGACAAUGUCCGAGGACAAAUUGUGGAACUGCGUUCCCGGCAUUUUUUGCUGUUGUUUGUGUAGGAAGUCUAAUAGGUGCAAUGGCACAGACUCCUUCAGUUGUGAUUCUGAUCAGGUCUGUGAAUCCUGAAUAUAAAUCCUAUGCUCUUGGUGUGCAGUUUCUCAUGCUGAGACUACUUGGUUUUAUCCCACCACCACUUAUCUUUGGGGCUGCAAUUGACUCUACUUGUCUCAUCUGGUCAGAAACCUGCAAUAAAAGUGGAGCAUGUGCUGUAUACGAUAACGAUUCCUAUAGAUAUCUCUAUGUCAGCAUUGCCAUAGGCUUGAAAACAAUUGCCUUUAUAUUAUACACAACUACAUGGCAUUAUAUAAAGAGUCAUUCCAAGGAGUAUAUUCAGGGAGAUGAAGACUCAGUCGGUCGAAUGACCACAUCAGAUCUGUUUGCUUCAACAUUAACAUUAGAUGCAGCUGCAACGGAUUCAAACAAAUCAUCUGGAAGGACAACUUUGAUCUAUCAUUUGGGAGAGAAUGAAAUGUGUGAAAACAUUGAGUCUGUUCUUUAACAUUUGUAUGAAGUGACUGCACCAUUUUGAAGAUAUACUUUUGUAGGAAAAACAUUUUUAAACAAGUAUUUUAAGGUUCUUAGGCAUCACAAGGACACAUUGAAAAGUGCUGUCCUUUUAAAAAAAGUUUUUAUUAUUAUCUUUAUAGUUUAAAUUACAGCAAUAGAUAAGGUUUUUCAGAUUCAGUAUGGUUCACAAGUUAACAAUACAAUUAUAGAACCAGUGCCAAGAUCUGGCAGAUACCAGGUUAGAAUAAACAGUAGGCCCAAGUGGUCAGUUUUUCUCAACAAAAAUCUUAUUUGAAUAAGUUUUAUGCUUUUAUAAGUACUUUAUUUUGCAUUUCCUGAGAUGAUAUAAUACAAGCUACACAUUGUAAUAACAUGUCAUGUAUACUAUUUGAAUGAAAUGCACAAGAUUGAGAUUCUAUUGAGAAUAUCCCAUUAUCCAAGUGCUUGCUUCAAAAUAUGAAUGAACAAAUGUCUCAGUAUCAUCAGUGCUCACGUUAACAAAUAGCAUAAUGCGUCUGAUUAUAGUUUCACCUCUGAUUUCAAAAGUUUAUCAAAUAUUUUAUUUGGUUUCAUAUUAUAGCCAUCUUGUACAUUCACAACACUGGCAUUUCAUAUUGCCGUCAUGUGACUCAAACUGAAAUAUUUCUUCUUUCAGGUUAUUGUAAAGCAGAUGCUUUCUGUAACAUUAUCAUUGAAGCAAUUUGAGUUAGUUGACAAACAGAGACUUUGCUUAUUCUUAUUGCAUUUAGUGCUGUCAAAAACAAUGGUGCUACUAAGAAGCCAGAGUCAAUGCCAAAUGGUGCCUCAGGUCAUAAACACCAAUCUUGAAAUGAAGCAGGACAUACCAAUUAUUUGUUUAACUGAUACUCAUUUUGCUACCCAAAAUUUACAAAACAAUACUGCAGUAAACAGACAAAGAUGAUGCCUGCUGGAUUAAUGCAAAAUUUUGGUUUCCUUUAAACUUAAAGGCAAGUUUGUGGUGUGAGCGACAGUCUUUAGACACUGUUGACAUUUAAAACAAGUUUGGUCACUUCCUUCUAUUACUGAACCCCUGCCAGAAUGACAUUAAGCUUUUAAGGCACAAGAUAUUUGCUUCUCAACAGCUUAAGAUUGUUAGCUCACAUCACAGUUACAACAGGUAAUGUUACUUUUAUCAGCUCUGUUGUGUAUCAACAGUGAGGUCAAAGACAGCUUUGACAAGGACAUUUUAAUUGGGCUAUGGUUGCACAGCUGGAACCCACCAGGCUAUCUUUUCUUCUCUUGUAGAAUUCAUACUGACACCACAUGGUUGUCCAGUUUCAGGUGUUACUGAGCUAACUGCAGCUGAUUUUACACAGUUUGCACCUACAAAAAAUAAACUACAUUUAAAAUGGCCCAGUGAUGCCAGUUAAUUUUGUAAUACUUGUGAAAAGGAAAACAAAAAGCCACCUGUAUUAUUCAUGCCAUUCUUUACCUUGGUAAUUGUAAAUUUUAAUAUUCCAUUUUUUCUACAUCUGGGACAUUACGAAUACUGAUGUAUGUUCUGUUGAAUCCAGUUGGUUUGUAUUAUUUAUAUUAUGCUUUUUCACACAAAAAUUUAAAAGAACAAUUGCAUUACAACUUUGUAAAGUUGAUAAUUGAUUCCAGUGUUGUUUCCUUUGCAGAAUGUGUAUUUUGUAGUCUGAAGUAGUAUGGCAGAAAAUAACUUAUAUAUUGUGUGUUAUAAGUGUUAAUGUCAAGAAACCCAUUCAAAUGUAAACUUACUAUCAAGCGAUAACUUAUAUUUAAUAUACACAACUUAAUUCUCAAA